UCAAACACUUCUUGGUGCUCAAGGCCCACGGCACAUCAUCAAUACAUGACAUCGCCGGAGCUUCCCUUUGCUCUGAGUGUUGACCAUCUGUCAAUUAUGCAUGCUAAUUUCACAAACCAAAAAAAUUCCAAAGACGAGCGUUUACCUCAGUAGUGGAGCAUUGCUGUCCCGGUAGACUGAUUGUGGUGUUAAAUAGGCAAUUUCUUAAGACGAAUAUUUUCACAUCUUGCAAGGCCAGCCAUUUUAUAACAUAACAAAGCGUUGAAACACUCAUGAGAGUGCCAAUGGAUUAUAUUUCCGUGCUUCGUUUUUGCUUCACUUUGCUGCUGAUUGUAAGAGUAGCCACCCCUACUGACACCAUGCACACAACUCAGCCAAUUAGAGAUGGAGAUAGCUUAGUUUCAGCUGGUGGGACCUAUGAAUUAGGAUUUUUCAGCCCCGGUAAAUCCAGAAACCGAUACUUGGGGAUCUGGUAUGGUAAAAUAUCGGUCCUGACGCCAGUUUGGGUUGCCAACAGAGAAACUCCACUUAACGAUUCAUCAGGUGUUGUAAUGCUUACCAACCAAGGACUUCUUGUCCUUCUCAAUCGUAGUGGAAGCAUCAUUUGGUCUUCCAACACAUCAGCACCUGCUAGGAAUCCAGUUGCACAGCUUUUGGAUUCAGGAAACCUUUUUGUGAAAGAGGAGGGUGAUAAUAACAUGGAGAACUCCUUGUGGCAGAGUUUUGAUUAUCCAGGUAACACACUAAUACCGGGCUCGAAGCUAGGACGGAAUAGAAUAACUGGCAUGGACUGGCACUUGACAUCAUGGAAGUCAUCAGAUGAUCCUUCCAGAGGUAAUAUUUCAAUAAUCCUUAUUCCUGGUGGAUAUCCUGAGUAUGUAGCGGUGGAAGAUUCAAAUGUGAAGUAUCGAGGCGGGCCAUGGAAUGGUCUGGGGUUCAGUGGAUUGCCUCGGUUAAAACCAAAUCCAAUAUACACAUUUGAAUUUGUUUUUAAUGAUAAGGAGAUAUUUUACAGAGAAACUCUUGUCAAUAACUCAACGCAUUGGAGAGCCGUCGCAACUCAGAAUGGUGAUCUCCAGCUCCUUUUGUGGAUGGAGCAAACCCAAAGCUGGUUUCUUUACGCAACAGUAAAUACAGAUAAUUGUGAGCGUUAUAACCUCUGUGGUCCAAAUGGUAUCUGUAGCAUUAACCACUCUCCAGUUUGCGAUUGCUUGACUGGAUUUGUACCAAAAGUUCCAAGAGACUGGAAGAAGACAGAUUGGUCAAGUGGUUGCGUUAGAAAGACUGCACUAAAUUGUUCCAGAGAUGGGUUUCGGAAGCUCAGAGGUUUGAAGAUGCCUGAGACAAGAAAAUCAUGGUUCAACAGGAGUAUGAACCUGGAGGAGUGCAAGAACACAUGCUUGAAGAACUGCAGCUGUACUGCGUAUGCAAACUUGGACAUCAGGGAUGGAGGAAGCGGUUGCUUGCUUUGGUUCAAUGAUUUGAUUGAUAUGAGAACUUUCCUUCAAAAUGAGCAGGACAUUUUUAUACGGAUGGCUGCAUCAGAACUAGAUAACGGUGACUCUGCAAAGGUUAAUACCAAAUCCAAAGUGAAGAAAAGGAUCAUAGUAAGCUCUGUGUUGUCCACUGGGAUUCUGUUCAUUGGCCUAAGCUUGGUCUUGUAUGUUUGGAAAAAGAAGCAGCAGAAAAACAGAAAAAUGACAGGUAAUUUGCAAAGAAGAUCAAAUAACAAGGACUUGAAGGAAGAACUAGAAUUACCCUUCUUUAACAUGGAUGAGUUGGCUUGUGCAACAAAUAACUUUUCUGUAUCCAAUAAACUAGGACAAGGGGGUUUCGGACCUGUUUAUAAGGGAAGAUUAACAGAUGGACGAGAAAUAGCUGUCAAGAGGCUCUCUAAGAAUUCAAGACAAGGACUUGAUGAGUUCAAAAAUGAAGUCAAACAUAUCGUGAAACUUCAGCACCGGAAUCUAGUGAGGCUUCUUGGAUGCUGCAUUGAAAGAGAUGAAAAAAUGUUGGUCUACGAGCUUUUGCCUAACAAAAGCUUGGACUUCUACAUUUUUGAUGAGACUCCAAGCCUGCUACUAGAUUGGUCUAAGCGCUACAACAUCAUCAACGGGAUUGCUCGAGGACUCCUUUAUCUUCACCAAGAUUCUAGACUAAGAAUAAUCCACAGAGAUCUGAAAACCAGCAAUAUUUUGUUGGAUUCCGAAAUGAAUCCAAAAAUCUCAGACUUUGGCCUGGCUAGAAGUUUUGGAGAAAAUGAAACUGAAGCCAAUACUAAUAAAGUGGCUGGAACGUAUGGUUACAUAUCUCCAGAGUACGCAAAUUAUGGGCUCUACUCGCUAAAAUCAGACGUCUUCAGCUUUGGAGUAUUGGUGCUAGAGAUAGUGGGUGGCUAUAGGAACAGAGGAUUCCGUCAUCCAGAUCACCACCUCAACCUUAUUGGGCAUGCUUGGAUACUGUUCAAACAAGGCAGGCCUCUGGAACUGGCUGCGGGAUCAAAAGUUGAAACACCCUAUUUGUCUGAAGUGCUACGUUCAAUUCACGUGGGGCUAUUGUGUGUGCAAGAAAAUCCAGAAGAUAGACCAAACAUGUCAUAUGUGGUUUUGAUGUUGGGUAAUGAAGAUGAAUUGCCUCAGCCUAAACAACCAGGAUUUUUCACUGAAAGGGAUCUUGUUGAAGCAAGCUAUUCAUCGAGCGAGAGAAAACCACCUUCGGCAAACGUAUGCUCGAUUUCAGUGUUAGAGGCAAGAAAAGUGAGAGCAGCAAUGGAUUCCAUCCCCAUGCUUUUUUUCUGCUUCAUUUCAUUUCUGAUUGUAAGAACAGCCACACCUACUGACACCAUAAACACAGCUCAGAUCAUUAGAGAUGGAGACACUAUAGUUUCAGCUGGCGGGACCUAUGAAUUAGGAUUUUUCAGCCCCGGGAAAUCCAAAAGCCGAUACUUGGGGAUAUGGUAUGGCAAAAUAUCUGUCCAGACAGCAGUUUGGGUUGCCAACAGAGAAACUCCACUUAACGAUUCAUCAGGUGUUGUAAGGCUUACAAACCAAGGACUUCUUGUCCUUCUCAAUCAUAGUGGAAGCAUCAUUUGGUCUUCCAACACAUCAACACCUGCUAGGAAUCCAGUUGCACAGCUUUUGGAUACAGGAAACCUUGUUGUGAAAGAGGAGGGUGAUAAUAACGUGGAGAACUCCUUGUGGCAGAGUUUUGAUUAUCCAGGCAACACACUAAUACCGGGCAUGAAGGUAGGACGGAAUAUCAAAACUGGCAUGGACUGGUACGUGACAUCAUGGAAGUCACCUGAUGAUCCUUCCAGAGGUAAUAUUACAGGCAUCCUUGUUCCUGAAGGAUAUCCGGAGUUACUACUGUUGGAAGAUUCGAAACCGAAGCAUCGAGCUGGGCCAUGGAAUGGCUUGCAGUUCAGUGGCAUGCCUCAAGUAAAACCAAAUCCCGUGUACAUAUUUGAAUUUGUUUAUAAUAACAAGGAGAUAUAUUACACAGAGCAACUUCAUAAUAGCUCAAGGCAUUGGAGGGUCGUCUUACCUCAGAGUGGUGAUAUCCAGCACAUCCUCUGGAUCGAGCAAACUCAAAGUUGGCUUCUUUAUGAAACAGCAAAUACAGAUAAUUGUGAAACUUAUGCACUCUGUGGCGCAAAUGGUAUCUGUAGCAUCAACAACUCUCCGGUGUGUAGCUGCUUGAAAGGAUUUGUACCAAAAGUUCCUAGAGACUGGGACAAGACAGAUUGGUCAAGUGGUUGCGUUAGAAAGACUGCACUAAAUUGUUCCAGAGAUGGGUUUCGGAAGCUCAGAGGUGUGAAGAUGCCGGAGACAAGAAAAUCAUGGUUCAACAGGAGUAUGGACCUGGAGGAGUGCAAGAACACAUGCUUGAAGAACUGCAGCUGUACUGCGUAUACAAACCUGGACAUCAGGGAUGGAGGAAGUGGUUGCUUGCUUUGGUUCAAUGAUUUGAUUGAUAUGAGAACUUUCUUUCAAAAUGAGCAAGACAUUUUUAUACGGAUGGAUGCAUCAGAACUAGAUAACGGUGACUCUGCAAGGGUUAAUACCAAAUCCAAAGUGAAGAAAAGGAUCGUAGUAACCACUGUGUUGUCCACAGGAAUUCUGUUUAUUGGCCUAUGCUUGGUCUUGUAUGUUUGGAAAAAGAAGCCGAAGAAAAAUAAAGUUAUGCUGACAGGAAAAAUGCAAAGAAGAUCAAACAACAAUGACAUGAAGGAAGAACUAGAAUUACCCUUCUUUAACAUGGAUGAGUUGGCUUCUGCAACAAAUAACUUUUCCGAUUCCAAUAAACUAGGAGAAGGGGGUUUCGGACCUGUUUAUAAGGGAACAUUAACAGAUGGACAAGAAAUAGCUGUCAAGAGGCUCUCUAAGAAUUCAAGACAAGGACUUGAGGAGUUCAAAAAUGAAGUCCAACAUAUUGUGAAACUUCAGCACCGGAAUCUAGUGAGGCUUCUUGGAUGCUGUAUUCAAAGUGAUGAGACGAUGCUGGUCUACGAGUUCUUGCCUAACAAAAGCUUGGACUUCUAUAUUUUUGAUGAGACUCAUAGCUUGCUACUAGAUUGGCCUAAACGCUACAACAUCAUCAACGGGAUUGCUCGAGGACUCCUUUAUCUUCACCAAGAUUCCAGACUAAGAAUAAUCCACAGAGAUCUGAAAACCAGCAAUAUUUUGUUGGAUUACGAAAUGAAUCCAAAAAUCUCAGAUUUUGGCCUGGCUAGAAGUUUUGGAGAAAAUGAAACUGAAGCCAAUACUAAUAAAGUGGCUGGAACGUAUGGUUACAUAUCUCCAGAGUACGCAAAUUAUGGACUCUACUCGCUAAAAUCAGACGUCUUCAGCUUUGGAGUAUUGGUGCUAGAGAUAGUGACUGGCUAUAGGAACAGAGGAUUCAGUCACCCGGAUCACCACCUCAACCUUAUCGGGCAUGCUUGGAUACUGUUCAAGCAAGGCAGGCCUCUGGAACUGGCUGCGGGAUCAGGAGUUGAAACACGCUAUUUGUCUGAAGUGCUACGUUCAAUUCAUGUGGGGCUACUGUGUGUGCAAGAAAAUACAGAAGAUCGACCAAACAUAUCACAUGUGGUUUUGAUGUUGGGUAAUGAAGAUGAAUUGCCUCAGCCUAAACAACCAGGAUUUUUCACUGAAAGGGAUCUUGAUGAAGCAAGCUAUUCAUCGAGCCAGAACAAACCACCUUCCGCAAACGGAUGCUCGAUUUCAAUGUUGGAGGCAAGAUAGAUUGCUUUUAUUUUCAUUUCAAGUGAUUAAAGGCGAAUAUUCGAUAGAUUUUCUAGUUGCAGAACAGCAAUUACUAACAGAAGCAAGUCAAAUAAAUGCUUCUAAAGCUUAGUGUCUCUAUGAAACGUGAAGAAAUUGAAGACAAGUAUCGUCAUGUAAUCCAAGAGUUGCAGCUACAUUUAUGAAUCAUGGAGAGGGGACUCCAUUUAUUUCUCUUA